AUAGAAAAUUACUUUAUCAACUAAUUUUACUGGCUUUUGGUCCUUACUCAAGUGCACUGGUUUUACCAACUUUCCUGCACAACAAUAUAAGCCACAAGCCACUUAUUUGGUUUUAUCAAUAUAUGUUGACGAUGAUACAUGGGCAAGUAAACGAAUGGAUUUGUUUGGCAUGUUGAUAAAUUACAAUCAGCGGGUGACUUGAUCUCCACCUCAUCAUUUGAAUCACUUUUAGAUUUGGUGCAAAGCGUUGCUUCCAAUUGACCGACGACAUACUGCACUAUGAACAUUUUUCAAUGGCGAAAACAUUUGAGAGUCGCAAAUCUGGUCUUCGGGCAUCACCUUAUUAGUUAUUGGAAAGAAACAAACGCACCCUUCAGAUAGACAUCCUACUAUCCUAGUGUAAAUUCAAUUUUCCAAGCUUCGACUGAGACGCCGGAAUUCCCAAGGGACAUGUCACAGAGAGGGAGAUAGAGAGAAAGAGAUUUUGGAAUGAGAGGACAUCCAUCUUCCUUCUGUAAGCGUCUUCUGCACAGUAAAGGAUGGAUCCCCACAAAAAAUUUCAGUAGAUCGAACGUGAAUUUGUUGACCAAGCUCUCUAUAUCUGACCGUAGAAACGGGGACGCGAAAUCUGUACGCGAGGCGUUCGAUGAAGUGCCUAGACGAGAUGUGAUCGCGUGGAGUGCAUUGAUUUCGAGGUACUCUCGACAGGGGCACUCCAGAGAAGCAGUGAACGAGUUCGUGCUGAUGAAUAGAAGGGGCGUCGACGCCAAUCAGUUUACUUAUGGUAGCGUUCUUAGAGCAUGCACCCAUUUGGACUUCCUGCAAGAAGGAGAAAUGGUUCAUUGUUGUAUCAUGAAGAGAGGAUAUUAUCAGAAUCUUUUUGUGCAGAGCGCUCUUGUUGAUUUGCACUUGAAAUGUGGGAGAGUGGAAGAUGCGUUGUACGUGUUUGACAAGAUGUCCGAGCGAGAUCUCGUGUCAUGGAACACGAUGGUUGGAGGAUUUGCAGCAAAAGGUUUUGGAGCGGGGGCAGUCCAACUGUUCCAGUUGAUGUUGAGGGAGGGAUUUUGUCCGGACAGGUACUCGUUUGCGAGUGUUCUGAAGAGAGGUUGCAGUCAUGGGAUUGAGGGUGUCAGAGUGAUUCACGGGUUGACUAUCAAGUUUGGAUGUGAUUCAAACGACAUUGUUUGUGGCGCUCUAAUAGAUGCGUAUGCCAAAAGUGGGAGUUUAGGAGAUGCUAAGCUUGUGUACCAUUCCAUGGAAGUGGAAGACUUGGUUUCGUUAACUGCUUUGGUAACUGGAUAUGUGCAUGGCAGAAAGAAUGGUGUUGUAGCAAUGGAGAUGUUCAGUGACAUCCAUAGGAGAGGGAUGAGAAUUGAUGGCAUCUUGCUCUGCUCAGUUCUUAGCAUAUGUGCAGAUGUAGCAGCUUUUGACAUGGGGAGGCAAAUUCAUGCUCUUCUAUGGAAAAUUCAGUCUAAUCACGAUACUGCAUUAGCAAACGCCUUGGUUGACAUGUAUUCAAAGUGUGGAGCAAUUGAAGAUGCAGAUCAGGUUUUCAAUGAGAUGGCAGAGAGAAAUGUGAUCUCUUGGACUUGUUUGAUCACUGGAUAUGGGAAGAACGGUCUGGAAAAUGAGGCUAUUGGGCUUUUCCAACGUAUGGAGAGAAGCGGUAUAAAGCCCAACGAUGUGACCUUUCUGGGUGUCCUUUGCGCUUGCAGUCAUGGCGGGAUGGCAAGCAUAGGACAGCAGUUGUUUGAUUCCAUGAUGAAUGCCUAUGGUAUCCAACCAAGAGAAGAACAUUACGCUUGUGUUGUUGAUCUCCUUGCGCGCUCUGGAUGUAUUAAAGAGGCAUAUGAAUUUGUUUGCAAUAUGCCCAUCAGGCCUACAGCUUCCCUGUGGGGGUCACUUCUUGGAGCUUGCAUAUUGCACCAAGAUGCAGUCGUAGGAGAGAAAGCUUCUAGGCAUUUGAUUGCCAUGGAACCUGCCAAUUCAACUAGUUACAUAGUAGUUGCCAACAUAUAUAAAUCUUUGGGUCUGUGGGAGAAGGCAGAAGAGGCAAGGAGAUUGAUGAAAGAAAGGGGUCUAAGUAAGGAACCUGGAUGGAGUUUGAGUUAUUUGGUGAAGGAGCCCCGUUUCUUGGAGCAGCUUGUCUGAAUCAAUUGAAACCAUUGUGGGUUACAAACAAGAAAACAUAUAGGCUAAUCAACUUAAGCGAUACAAAAGACAUAGAGACCUUUUUUGCAAUCUCACUUGAACUAAAUCUUCGAGUAUCUUGAUCACUGGAUCUGAUGGCAACUGAUUCCUCCAAUCAAAUGAAUAGCGGAGCUGUAUUGCAUGUGAAAGCAUAUGGAGUUUUUCAUUCUUCAUGAAAGGAAGACAGGUCAAACUCAGAAAAUCGAUAAAUUCAGAAGGAUCUGCAGAUUUUGCUAGCAAGAUUGCGCUGAGUAUACCUCUGAAGAAAGAGUAUACAGGAAGUUGGUAGUUUCCAUAUUACGGAACCAAGUUUCUUGUGCUGUUUUCAGUACGAGACCAGUGGGAAUACAAAGACGUGCCUGCUCAGUUACAACUUACAACCAUUCUAAUGCCUGUGAAAUACACGUUGGACGAGAAAAGCCAUUCAGUUUCCAACUGAAUAAAGCAACCACUCCUAUUUAUUCCUUUGGCUUAUAUAUGUUCUAUAACGUUUUAUCUAGCAAAAGCCACAAGCAAUGGAAACUUCUGUAUUGACUAUUGCGUAGGCUGCAAAAUAGCUGAAAGAGAUGAAGAGAGUUGGAAAAGUCCAACUUGCGAUUGUGCAAUUUGGCAUCAAAAUUUCCUGACUCUUCUACUUGGAGUAACAUGAAUCAACAACUGGAAGCACCAAGAGAGUCGCAACCUGUGUAAAUGAAGGACGAACACUGAAUAUGAUUUACAGAAAACCAAAAUGUGGCAGAAUUUAAAUUGGAGCUUUCAGAACAACUUCAAAAAGACUUGUGAAAACUCAGAAGUCCAGCUGUGAUGCCUCUGGUGCCGCUGGAACUAAUUUCAGCUUUGACAGACGCAAGGAGAAAUCUCAAAUGGGAGCAGAACUUGGUGGAAAUGAAGCACGCAGGAUGGAGGGUGGCAGGCAUGGGAGAUUCAUCUAAUAUACAUGGAUGUGAAAACAGAUUUGCAUUAUCAGUAACAUCUUCGUGCUUCAUUAACUUUUCCCAAUACACUUAACAUUUUUUUGUUCCUUCCCUCCUAACACUUAAAAUUUUUGCAGGACAGAUAAAAGAGAGCAAAAAGAAUUGACCCUUACUUCCUGGUGUCAGGCAUAACUUCAACUCUGUAUGGCGCGAUCCAAAGUCAAACGUGUAUUCGUGCUAUUUUCGUUGUUUCUUUUCCUUCCUAUUUGUUCUUUACACUCAAGAAACUAUGUUUUGAUUGCAAACGUCCAGCUUGACAUUGCCAAUGUCAAAUUUGAGGGUUGAAGGAAUUCUCUGUCAGCGCAUCAUUUAAGGUUCUCUUUGAUUUAUAUGCUGGAAGUGUGGCGGACGAAAGAAAACCUUAAAUGUAUCUAUAGAUUAAGUUCACACGAUCGAUGUAAACAAUGUCCAGUUGACCUUACAGUUUUUUGUAGUCGCAUAUGUAUACAUGUUGUAAUC